AUGGCUCACACAACCUUCCCUUUGAACUUACCCAUCCCCCAGGACGACGGAGCGUGCUCGCAUCUGAAAGGGUCACAGAUACCAUCGGUAUGCUUGGCGUCGACUGCCGGCGACCAGCUAGAUGUUGCAACCUGUUCAGGCCUGACUAUCCUCUUCUGCUAUCCGCGUACUGGCGCACCUGGUGAAACAAUCACAGAAGAUUGGAACUCCAUACCAGGAGCACGAGGCUGUACACCUCAGGCGUGCAGCUUCCGCGAUGAGAUGGCCCAACUGCGCGACCUCGGCGUAAAGCAUGUAUUUGGAUUGUCGAUUCAGGACACUGCAUACCAGAAAGAGGCCAAGGACCGGCUGCAUCUACCCUACGAACUGCUUUCGGACGAGAAGCUACAAUUUGCUAAUGCCCUCAAGUUACCCACCUUCACCUGGAAGAACCAGACACUGAUUAAGAGAUGUGCGUUGGCUGUCAAAGAUGGAAUCAUCAUCAAAAUCUGGUACCCUGUCUUCCCUCCCGGUAGUAACGCAAAAGACGUAGUGGAGUGGCUCGCAGGCAGAAAAUAG